UUGCAAAAUCGUCCGCUACUUUAUCAAGAAUCCAUCCGGACAUUUAAUGAGCCUGCUGCUGAAUCCUUCUGCUAAAUAUGAGCCGUGAAGGGAAUUUUCAUUUCGGUCCUCCGAUAACAGCCAGAAGAUAACAGCCUCUCGUCGCAGUUGGACUCAAAGCCACCUCGGAUGCUGCUUUUUCUCUCUCUCUCUCCCUCUCUCUCUCUCCCUCUCUCUCUCUAUAAACAACCACUGGUCUGCUUUCAGGAAGUACUGUAUGAAUAUUAAUAUGGAUGCAAACACUCAGUGCGGAUGCCCAGCGCUUGAACCAACACAGGCGCGCUGAUCUCUGCGCAUUUUUUUGUUUUUGUUUUCACGGUUUUUCUUUUCUUCCAAUUUUUCCGUUCACGCCUGAACUGAAAGCAUGUUAGUUUGGCGGAGGUCACGCUGGAGCCCUUUUUGAAGCGCACGGGGAUGGCGUGUCACCUGCGUGUUUUGCAGAGGAUCCUUUUGUAACGUCGCAUUGAACUGCAUCAUGGAUUUCGAUCAGAUCUCACACCGGCCAGGCUACACCGAGCCUCGAUAGUAGAGGGCUACAGCGCGCUGCUUGUCACAAAAAAAUGGAAGACCUUUCACGUCAAGAAAAGGCGUCAGUACGGUGAUAUGCGUCUGAAUAGCUGAUUUUUCCUUUCCACGUCAAUUGACACAUCUGGGAAAGGAUUUUUUUCCCUCCCCUCCCCGUCUACCAAGACAGCUGUGUCAUCAACAACCGGCGUGGUGUUGUUGUUGUCUGGUUUUUACGAGCCCGGGCAACUGGAUAUCGGCACAGUCUGCCUCUGCGCCAGCCAUAUAGGCUACCCCGUAAACAAGGUAGGUCUCUUCGAUAAUAUGGUGUUUUUGCUCUAUAAAUGAUCGGAUCAGUCGCUUACAUCAUCUAGCCUGUAUGUAGACAGCUGUCACAGUCUCAAUGCACUGUCUGCUUAAUUAGCAGCGGGGAAGAUGGUGCUGUAUUGCGGAGGGGGGACGCACGGGGCCUGAUGGCAUUUCACGGGUGAAUUUCAAUAAACACAAGGUUGACAGCGAGCCGCUGCGUGCUCACAAGCCAAAUUAUUCAACCUUGAAAGGCUCACAGCCCAUGACGGUGGAUAUAAGGCCCGUGUUUUAGCCCCAAAUCCGAAAGAGAUGGCGAGACCUGCCGCGCAGCGCAACCCACAGCCCGCGUUUAAGUUCAGUCGUGACAAGACCUUAUAAAUAUUUCACCAAAAAAACAAGCCAUCAGCUGACUGGUGAUGCUGGAGCAUGCACGGCGUUAUUCAUCACACACCAAAACAGAGCCUCCAUCUGCAAGGCCAUGAUGGAAAACAUCUGCAUGUUUACGGAUGAUAAGGCUAUAUAGCAGGGUGGUGUGAUGCGCGCGUGUGUGUGUGUGCGUGUGUGUGUGAGUGAGAGAAUGGGCGGCAGUUAAUGUGAUUGUGAAUACACUUGGGGUGAGUGUGUGCGUGUGUGUGUGUGUGUGUGUGUGUGUGUGUGUGUGUGUGUGUGUUUGUUUGUGCGCAGCCAGGUGAGGAUGUGUUGGCGAGUCUUUGAGGUGCGGGAGCGGCAGGCUUCUGGAUGAGGGGAGGGAGCCUCGAGCAUCACAUGUGGUUUUAGAGUAGGCAAAAAACAAAACAUCCACUGAUAGCCUACCCGAUAAACUGCCGCAGUAUCCAACCUUAGAGCCUCCGGAUCCAAAAGGGUCGAGGGGUCGUGAAUUAAACGUGGAAUUAAGUCAAUACUAUUUUUCCCCCUUUUUUUCCGGGCGUGACUGCCACUCAAAACGAGCAUUUUUUUCUUCUUCUUCUCCGCCCCCCUUAGAGAAAUACCAAUAAAGAGUAGUUGUAAGGCUGCGAAUAUGAACACGUUUGUUCUAGUUAUUUCUCUACCUGACUGGCUUUAAUCUCUCUUCCAAUGUUACUUAGAAUAAUCAGAGAAGGUUACUUGACUUGGCUGGAGAUGGACAUUUUACUUUGAAAGAACAAGUCAUGUCAGUUAGUAAGGCUGUCUUUGAAACUGUAAAAGGAUUGGGUAAAAGGAAUAGUACCGAUAUUCCUGUGCAAAUAGUAUGAUGGGUUUUCUUUAGGGAGGAUGCUCCAGCACGUUGGAUAUUUCACCACCUGCCUGACAUUGAACUGGAAUAUAAAUUUCAGUCUAUUGACCUUGGAGCUUAAUGGCUUCAAGUCUUGCUUAUGGGCGAACAGAUACAGGUAAACAGGAUCGGAUAUGUGACGGUCUCUUGUGCUGUUUGGUUUAUGCACUCCUUGGUACGAACAGAGGAGAGCGGGGAUGGUUCAGAGCAGCUGUGUAUUCGGGGUCAGUGAGUGCAGGCUGUGAGCCACACAUACUGUGCAGUGUGUCUUGAAUGCAGAGAGAAAACCGGGGCUCGUUAACUGCCGUUGCUCGCUUGGUGAUCCCUAAUUCAGUCCAGAAAUGUGAUUACAUCAAGGAAUGGCAGCUCUUAUGUGGCAGCUCAGUCAGUGUGGAAACAAAUGAAUAUGUUUCUUUACUAAAAAAAAGAAAAUUAUAAAAAAAAAAACACACCACAAACUUUGGGUUGGAGUUAGUGGAUUUAGGCAGAGCUUGUGAUUUAUUUAUAGAAAGAAUCAUAACUGACCACUGUUUCCAAUAAAGGAGAAAGGAUUCUGAAUGCAUUUGAGCUUUUCUCCAUGAAGUGGAUGAUUCAGUUGCUCUGAUCGGCAGUGUGCAUCAUGUCUGAUUCCAAAAAGGAUGAGUAAUUCAGCUUGGAGUAGAAUACACAAGCAUACUGGACCCAGAGAGGGCGAAGGAAGGCCCUCACAGGGCCAGAGAGGAGAGGGACCGCCGGGAAGCAAGGGACUGAUGGACGUGCGACAGACGGGGCAGAUGCUGACAUUUCAAGCCCAUCUCUCUAGUCGAGUGGAUACCCCUGUCAGGAUGAGCAGUAAUGGAAUUUCUUUCGUUGUUGCUGUGGGAUUCUUGGAGCACCCAACAGAUUGUUUUCCUAGCGUUUGAGCCGGAGCAGCUUAGUAGGUUGGUAAAAGUAAUAUAAAUGGCUACUACUGGCCUCUCAUGCAGGUGUUUCAAAAUCAAUACCACAGUACAGGUGUUUCACUGGCUUCAGUGUGCGUUGUUGUUUCUUUAAAGGGCGAGCAGGUGCUUCUUCCACCUGUGGUUUCACCAUCUUGAUCCUCUCAGCUCCAUCAGAGGGAGACGGCAUCAGAAAUGACGUAGGAAGACUGUUACCACGGCAGCGCGAGAGCAUUGGGAAUUGGAGGAGGCUGCCUGCGACAUACAUCCUGUUCUCCCGAGUCUUCUUCUAUACCAUGAGCUCUGGCUCUGCCCAGGAUGUGGCAGUCGAGCAUUUCCUGCGUGACAUAGAGAGGCGAAGCAAGCGGCUACACUGCGCUGUGAUAGGCUGCGAGGAGGAGCGACCCCGCAGCGACAUGAACCUGCUGUAUCGUAAGAGCCGCUUGGACUGGAGGCAGAGGGACCAAGAGGGAAGUAAAAAGAGCUCCAAUCAAAACGACCCCUCAGCCACUGUUGGCAAAGUCAGAGACUUGGCUUCUUUCCGCCGGCACUUCCGGAUGGGUUUCAUGACCAUGCCGGCCUCCCAGGACCUGUCCCCUCACUCUUGUGCCUCCGCCAUGGCGCCGCGCUCGCAGUCCUGCCACGCUGUAGGUGCUGGGGAUACAGGUCUGGAAAACGGAGAUUACUCUGACACUCAAUCCCAUCACUGUGGCCGCUGCCCCCCAACCAAACCCAAACGGCACCCCAACACUCGCCUCAGCGGCUCGUCCACUGACGGCAGAGGACCUUUUGACAUGCCGCCAUCUCUCGCGUCCUCUCACUCACAGACCAAACACUCAGAGAAGAAAAAUGCCAUGAAGAAGUCUGACUCUGGAGACCUCGGAGGAAAGAAGGUGCCUCCUUUAAAGCCCAAGAGAAGUCCAAGCACCCAGCUUUCCUUUGACCCUCUCCCUCCACGUGUGCCUCCUUCUGCCACAUCCUUGCCUUUCCAGGCAGCAGACUCACAGAUUCAGACAAGGGACGGGGACGAUGAGCCGGUCUAUAUAGAGAUGGUGGGCCAAGUGUUCACUAGAGACACCCAGACAGCCACCCCCCAUCCUGUCACACCUGUGGCCACCACGCCUGACUCUGACUCAGACCAGAGUGAGGCCAUCUAUGAGGAGAUGAAAUACCCGCAGCAAGAGAACAGAGAGUCCCAGAGACACCAUCCUACCAAACAUGAGAAACUGAAAACCUCUAAACACUUCCAUGUCACCCCUUCCUCCUCCAACAGCGCCUCCUCUCUGCCACGCCCCUCCUCUUCCUCUCCUUCCUACUCCAAAUCCAAAGCUACCGUGUCGAUCUCCCAUUCGUCUCCUCUGCCUUCCUCUGCAUCCUCCACCCCUGUCCCCCAGGUCCUCUCCACCAGUCCGCACACUCCACGAGCUCCUACUCCCUACCUGCUUCAAGGGACUAAAUCUGAGUCCGAGUCCAACACGAAGAUCCCAGCCCCUUUCCCCAAUCUUCUACAACACCGGCCUCCGCUGCUUGCCUUCCCACAGCCAGCAGCAGCCUCCAGCGGGGUCGGGGUGCAAAACAAGUCUGCGUCUGCUAAAAUGGGAACUCAAACAUCCAGCGUGACAACUCAAGCUAGCACCUCCUCCUCAACUUGUUCGAAUGUUCCCUCGUCACUGUCAGGCUCCAAGGAGUCGUCAGGAGGAAGUGCAUCCCAGCAGGACAAACACAGCAGGGACGCCCAGUUGGGCCCUGCUCCCGGACUGAGAGCCAGGAGCCACUCCACACCUCUGCCGCCCUCCUCCAAAUCCACCUCCCCUUUCUCCCAUCACCACCACCACCCUCACCAUCGCCCCUCGCACUACCACCACUAUCGCAAGCCAGAGAGAGGAGACUCUCCCGCUCCACUCAAGAGCAGUUCUCAGAACCAGGCCACAGUCCAGACCCAAACCUCAAGUACAGGCAGGGAGGGCAAGUCUGUUAGCUUCCUCUUGAAGUCUGAUAAAGGGGAGAGGGAUAAGGACAGGGACAGGGACAAGGACAGGGACAGGGACCGAGACAAAGAUAGGGACAGAGACAGGGACAGAGACAGGGACCGGGAUAGGGGUAGGGACAGGGACAGAGAUAGGGAUAGGGAUAAAGACAGGGACAGGGAAAGAGAAAGAGACAGAGACAGGGACAGAGAAAGAGAAAGAGACAGAGACAGGGAUCGAGAUAGGGACGGAGGGCCCUACUCCUUACAGUUGGAUCACAUCCCCUCUACGUCUAAAAGCAGCACCAGCUCAACCCCUACGCCAUUAUCCUCAUCCCAGCGUCCUCAUUCACGCCCCCAUCUUCGCUCUCACACUCCUCACAGCCUGCCAGCGUACAAGCCUCCCUCCUCGGACAGCCCCUUGCUGUGGACCUACCCCUCCGGUGGCUUCCGGAGACCGCCGGCUUACGAGAGCUUGCGAGGAAGCUCUCACACGGCGUCCCUGCAACAGCCCUCGAGUCUUACUGGUUUAGGUGAGGGGUCAAUGAAGAGCAACGGAGGGUCUUCCUCCCUCCAUUCUAAAGUUGGCUUCAUGCCCUGGGACAGCAGUGCCAGCUUAGCUGCAGAUGAGGGAUCUUACUGGCCUAUGCAGAGGAAAUUGUCCUUCAGCCAUGGGAGCAGAGAGACAGAGAAGGACGAGGGGCGCGCGUGGAAUGGCAGUGCUGAUGCCCUACUAAGGAUGGAUAAGGAGGACCUUGGCAUGGGGUCUCGAGGAGGCCACUCCGGCAUCCCAGUCCACUUCAGCGGUGCCACCAGCAGGGCGCUCGGUCACAGUGAGUCCCUGGCUGGUGUGGACAGCAGCCCGGGUUUCAGAGCCCUGCCCAGAGUUGGUCUGCCUCUUCCCUGCCAGACUUUCCCUGCCUGUCGCAAUGGAGAAGUGGGGCGGCUGGGCCGCUCCUCCUCUGCUGCUGGAGUGAGACAGGUGGGUGGAGGAGACGUACAGAGACAGAGCAGCCUACCAGCACGAGAAGCCCUGAAUAAGCUGCAUGGUCUCGCCCAGCCUAAAGUGCCCUGCAGUCCCAGCAGUCCCAGUGUGUCUCGGCAGCAGCAGCAGCAGCAGCAGCAGCAGCUUCAGCUCCACCAGCAGCAGCUGCAGUUAAAGCAGCAGCUCCAGCAGCUUCAGCAACAGCACCAUCUGCAGUUGCAGUUCCAGCAGCUCGCCCAGCUGGCACAGGGACAGCCUCCUGUCAGCGGGGGCACCACCCCGUCCGCAGCGCAGAGCCAGAGAGACGGUAAGCUGCUGGAAGUCAUCGAGCGUAAACGCUGCCUGUGCAAAGAGAUCAAGGCCCACAGGCGCCCUGACAGAAGCCUGUGCAAGCAGGACAGCAUGCCCAUCCUCCCUAGCUGGAGACGGACACCUGAGCCUCGUAAGACUGGCACGCCACCCUGCCAGAGGUCGCAGGCCGUCGUGUGGGACACAGCGAUCUGAGGUGGGAAGACAAGGCCUGCAAGUACAGCGCUGAAGAGCGAUGAGAUGAGUUGAAGAUGGCUGAACAAUUGAUGAGAGAGAAGAGUUUGAUGGGUUUAGUAACUGGAACAUACAAUAACCACAGAUGAGCAAGAGAGUUUUGCUCUUAUUGCGUGAGAAACUGAUCACAGAACAUCAAUGAAGGUUAUUGGAGACUUUGAACUCAUUUGGUAAAAAAAAAAAUAAUAAUAAUAAAAAAAAAAAAAAGGCUGUUAAAAGAGGUGAAGAAAGGACGUAUUACAAUCAGACUAAAUUAAUCUCUUACCCGGGUGAUUUCUACUUGCUCUGUACUAUGUCCUUCUCAAUGUGUUCUAAUUGCCAAUGAUUUUUUUGCCACAAAACGCCAGUAUUGCCACAAAAUGAAGACGCCAUCGUAAUAAGGGGUGGGAUGUUUUCUCAAAUUGGUGUUGCCAAAUUUCCUCCUGACUACUUGACACAUAAAGGGAUCAUAUAUUUUCUCCAACACAAAGUUGUGUCCAACUUCUGCGGAUGAGAAAAGGCGAGACUCCUUGAUAAGUUAUUGAAGUGUUUCUUGAAAUCGUGAAUGCUUAUGAGAUGUCUUGGUAUCAAUAGAUUGUCAUUGUGGAUGCAAAUAAUCAUCACUGAGGAGUAAAAGCUACCUACUGUAUCUGUUUGCAUAUUUGUAAUGUAAAUCUAUUUACUUUCUCAACGUUUCUGCAAUUUUAUAGCAAUAUGCUCCGGACGCUGGAGCAACAUAAUUAAAAACUUGUGUCAACUAGCCUAACAUACAUAUCUAAGACUUGAAUAAGUCAUAUUUACUGUGUCAUUCUCUGCAUGUCACAAUAGACAUACAGGAUUGUAAAAGAAUAUGUGUAGAGAUGAUCAUGUCAGACUUUUACAUACAGCAGAUCUUCACUAUGAUAACACGUGGUUGUAUCAAAAGAUGAAUAUAUCGCCUGGGGAGUAUAUCGUUAGAAGAGGUGGUGCGAAAGAUGGCACAUACUGUGUGCAGUCCAGCCAAAUAUAGAUACAGAUCAAUGGUACAAAACUUCAUCAUCCAUGCUUAUCCACAGUUGCACAUUAGUGAUUGUUCCACCACACAGAAAAACAAGCACUGACACCCAUCAACACAGACUGUACAAUACGGUGCAACUGAUAAGACUGUGAGUAUUGAUCACCUCAAACAGAAUGCUGGAACAAUCUGCACAAAACAUGGUAUACGCUUAGGAGAAAUUAAACCCUAAUGUACUGUAAAUAGAUAUGUACAACUGUAUUGAAAAUGUAGCAAUUAUUUCCAUUUUCAUACUUGUAAUCAAUACAUAUUAUGUAGCAUAUACUGUAUAAACAUAACUUUGUUCACUUGUUUUUUCUAAAAGAACUAAGUACUUUAUCUGCUGCAGCCAGGCCAUGCAUUACUUAUAUAGUUCGACUAAUAAACAGUAAGCCCUCUGAAGAAAGGCAUGGUCCAACAGUUGUUUAUUUAAAUUUAUGCAAGACUCCCUUUAAGCUGUGUUAUUGUUUUAUUUAUACCCCUUUUUUCUACAUUCAUUUUUAUUUGUGUACAGAUUUCAACAGCUCGUUGUCUUGACAUUUUGAAUACUUUGCUGCUAUCUUGAACUACUGGUGUUGUUCAUUCAACCACACCGUGUUACCAUAACAAACAUUAAUAUAGUGGUUAUUGUUACAUUUUCUUUUCUUUUUCUGAAAGCCACGUGAAAUGAAGUUUGUACCUUGAAGAGUGAGCCCUUCUGUAAUAGUAUUAAGGCACUUGAAUGUCUCUUGGUUGUUGUCGUUUUAUGAUAGUUAGCACCAAGCUGUACAGUACAGUACACCCAGUGAAAAGAAGACCUAUCUAAAUGUUUGAGAGUCACUGCUUGGCCUUUUGUUUUAAUUCCCGCCUGCUCGUGUUUGAGGGUCCAGGUUUCAAACAAACACAGGUCAGGUAGAAGGAAAUGGGCAAGUGCAAUGCAUGCAGAGAUUCCUUACACUGAAAAUGUCCCAAUGAUACUGACUAUUGUGCCCAACUCCAAGUAAAUCACCUUGCUAUGAUUCCUUUUCACAGACUGAUAUGGAACCAUAGGUAUCAUUUCCAAAAUAGUUUACAGAAACUGUUGGUUUUGUGUGUCUUCUAAAACAGUGGCCAUUAUAUGAGUGCCAUACUAUAUUGAUAUGGUAAGAUACGGUGUACCUUGGAAAUCACUGUAGUGCUAUAUUUGCAUUGAUAUUGUCAUUAAAAAUAAAUUUUAUAUAAUGAACUUUACACAA